UCAGGGCGAGGGCGUAAUUGGCUCCUAGAAGACACCGCGCCCCACCUCACAAAGGGAUGCACCAAUGAGCUGAGCGAAGGGGCGGGUUCGGCGCGGGGUGAGACCCUGCUGCGGCCGGAGGGAGACGGUGGCGGGUCGCGACGCGGGGCUGCCCGCGAUGAAGCCGGUGAGUCGGGCGGAGGCUCGGAGGAACGGAGCCACAGGGACGGACGGAAGCGGUCCUGGCUUCUGGAGGUGGCUCUCCCGCUUCCUGUCCUAUUUCAUUGCAGACAAGUGAGUUUGACUCAUCAGAUGAAGAGCCUAUUGAAGAUGAACAGACUCCAAUUCAGAUAUCAUGGUUGUAAAUUUAAAGAUAUUAGAAGAAAUAUCCAAAAAGAUACAGAAGAACUGAAGAACUAUGGCAUACAAGACAUAUUUGUUUUCUGCACCAGAGGGGAACUAUCAAAAUAUAGAGUCCCAAACCUUUUGAACUUCUAUCAACAGUAUGGAAUUAUUACUCAUCAUCAUCCAAUCCCAGAUGGAGGGACUCCCGACAUAGCCAACUGCUGUGAAAUAAUGGAGGCACUUGCAAUCUGCCUUAAAAAUAACCGAAAAACCUUAAUACACUGUUAUGGAGGAAUUGGAAGAUCUUGUCUUGUAGCCGCUUGUCUCCUACUGUAUCUGUCUGACACAGUAUCACCACAGCAAGCCAUAGACAGCCUGAGAGACCUAAGAGGAUCUGGAGCGAUACAGACCAUAAAGCAAUAUAAUUAUCUUCAUGAUUUUCGGGACAAACUUGCUGCACACCUGUCUUCAAAAGAUUCACUAUCAAGAUCUGUAUCUAGAUAAAAACACGAACUUCAAACAGCAUAUAUAUGACCAUGUCUAAUAUUUGAGUUCUCCAACAUAAUUUGAAGUGUUACCAACUGGAAUGUAAAUGUAUAUGUGCAGGUAUUUCUAAAGGUUUUAUUGAUAAA